UUCUUGUAUCUCUGUCUGAGAUCGCAGAUUACGUCCCCUAUUCAAUCUACCGAAGAGGAACGAAUCGUGUGAUUGUGUUGAAACACUUAUUUUUUCUCGGCAAAUCUGAGACUGCAUCAUCUGGAAGGGCUACCUAAACAACGAUAUACCUAUAAUAUGAGUGCCGUCGAUAACAUUGACAAUACCACCAGUGAUCUGGAUAGCGAUGUCGAUGAGUACAGCACAAAUGAUGAUCGACCAAUAAAUGAGCAAAAUGGAGUUGAGAAAUUUAGUAAUGACCUAGGCCACGCAACGACUGAGAAGUCAAAUAGUGCAUCAACCAGUAGGACCGAGAUUAAUGAUCGUAACCACAGUGGAAAUAAUGAUAAUACCAUGCAAGUAGAUGCAAGCAUGAAGAUGAUACUUGAGAAGCUCACUCCAUACCUGCAAACUGCAGAAGACAAAACAGUGCUUUUAGAAAGACUCUUCACCUUAGGUAUUAAAACUCUGUCAGACCUAAAAUUCGUCACAAAUAUGGAGAAAGAUUUUUCUGGGGUAAUAAAACCCAUUCAAUGUCGCCGUCUGGAAGCUGAACUGUUAAAAGAGGAUGCAGAUUCGAGUGAAUCUGGCACUCAGAAUGUAUCUAUGUGCCGAGUUAUUGAUGCAAACAAGCUUUUCUCAAAACAGUUUAUGGAAAAAUUAACAGGAUCACAGAGAUUAAGCAAUUCUGAUCGACUAAAAUUUGUUAGGAGAGUGGGGGACGAAGUAUAUGAUAAUAUGCGGCCUGUAACAAAACACACGUGCAUAAGGAUCGCAGCGGGCUUGAUUAAAAACUAUGAAGGAGCUUUAGAUUUUUUGAAGCAUGAUGAAGUAGGGGUUGACUCCUUGGCCACGCAAAUUCAUGCACACGCAUCGUACAUGAAAAAGCUUGAUAAUAAAAGAAAAAGCCUUGUGGAGGAUGAUCCAGAUGAUCCUGCAGAAAAGAAGGCAAGCCGAAAGAGAUUUUCAGUUCGAGAAAAUUUCGGUAUCAAUAAAGAUAUGGACCUGCCCAAUGAACUGCCGGAGGAUGAAACUGUGGAUAGCCAGAUAGAAAAACAAAAACGGAUGCAACAAAUGGCUGAAACUGGGGAAAUUGAUAUGCGACUCGUGAUACAAUUCAUGAUUAAGACAUAUCCCUCGCAACGUGCUUCCAUCGCCCAAGGUCUCAACAUGGAGGAUAUCAUCAAACUCUGGCCGUUUAUUGGCUAUUUCGCCGUUUUGAAACAACAUUUCUUUACUCUUAUCCCAGAGAUUGAACAGGUGAAGGUUGGAGAUAACUUGAACGAAAUCGUUUCAAAAAUGUUGCAAUUUUUGAGGGCAGACAGUAGCAAAACAAGGAAGGGCAAAUUGGGUAUUGCUACAAACAAUAUACUCGAAAUUCUGAAGCGCUUUGAUAAGCAGCAGCCUACUACAGAUUUGCAACGAAUUGCUAUGACUAUGUGUCUUGGUGAAAGGAUGCAGCAAGACAUGACCAAGAUUUUUAUUUUCUUCGAGGAAACUACUAGCUUUGAUGAAAUCCAGGCUUCGUCGAAAUUGCCUGAUAGCGGAAAGCCUAUAGUAGCCGUCCUUGGAUCUGAUCUGAUGAACAACCCGAAGUGCUAUGUCGUCGUCGAAAAGAGAUGUAUCAGCCCUGAAAAGAUCUCCCCAUUCAAAGCUCUCAUGCUGACUUUCAUGGCUUACUUUGUAUUCAAAAUCACCUACCCACAAGAAGUUGGUGGCCUGCUUGAAUUCUUCCAAAGGGCUAUCUACGACAUCAAGGGAGAUGAAACUACAAAGAGUAGUAGCAGGGUGGAAAGAAGAAAGUCAGCAAAAGGAGUGUUGUUCAAAAAUCCACCAAUGAUUUCUCCACAAUUCAAAACGUUAAUGCGGGAUUUUGAUAAUUAUCGGAGCUUGUGGGGUAUUUAGAUUAUAGGGUAUUUUGAGCAUAUAAAUGUAUAUACUCAACAACUACCAAAUAAAUAUAGCAUUCAUAUAGUUUACGUCCUAGGUUAAGCAUGUAAAUCUGUACCUAAACACUACCGAAGAAAAAUAUCAUAAGUUUGAAAUAAAUGUAUCAUUUGCUAUCACUAAUUCAUUUCUAAUGCCAUAAAUUUGUUGAUGCGGGUAGUUCAAAUCACCUAUCACGCAGAUUGAAUUUACCUACACGGGUUGUAAAAUCCACUCUGUUCACCUCGGAGUUAUUUUUACCCUUCAACGAGGAUAAUCUUGAUUUAUGUCCCCACAUACUACGUAAAUUUAUCGACCCAAAAAAAAAAUAAAACUACAUACCCAUGGGUAGGCAUAUUUCUCUACCCAGACU